GAAAAACCCUAAUCCCUUCACACUGUAACAGCAUUCAAGCUAGGGUUUUCGGAAUUCUAAGGAAGCAGCGGCCAUGGCGAGAAUCAAGGUUCACGAGCUGAGGAACAAGAGCAAAGCGGAGCUGCUGGCUCAAUUGGCUGAACUCAAGGCCGAGCUCGCCCUCCUCCGCGUCGCCAAGGUUACCGGUGGUGCUCCAAAUAAGCUGUCAAAAAUCAAGGUGGUAAGGCUGUCAAUUGCACAGGUAUUGACCGUGAUUUCUCAGACUCAGAAGGCUGCACUUAGAAAUGCUUAUAAGAACAAGAAGUAUUUGCCUCUUGAUCUCCGCCCCAAGAAGACCAGAGCCAUCCGCAGGCGUCUGACCAAGCACCAGGCUUAUUUGAAGACAGAAAGGGAAAAGAAGAAGGAGAUGUAUUUCCCCUUGAGGAAAUAUGCUAUCAAAGUGUAGAAUAGGACUAUGCUCUGUCUGUUUUCAACUAAGUAUAUCAGUUAGAACAUUGAAUUCAAGAAUUUUGUUUACUGUGUUAAUGUGUUCAUGUUAACUUUGAUUGGAAGAUUAAUCAGUUUGCAACAUACCAUUAAUUUCAAUUUGUGUGAAGUAAUCUUGUAUGAUAGAUCCACAUCAAUUCUAUAACACUUUGCAAGGGUGCAAUUGCCAAGUUCCAAA